GAGGGUUUAUGUAUUUUUUUAAGUCGUGUUUAGUGUAGUGUGUUUGUAUAUCCAAUCAGAUCAAACCACCCCCACACAGUCUUGAUGGAGCAGAUUUGUUAGGUUUUUGAUUCUGAAGCUCUGACCAUAUAAUAUCUAAACAUGAUUCAGCUAUAUAUCCAUGCAGAAGAAGCACAGCUCAGCGAUCUGUUAUCACCAUCCUUUGGAGAUACCAUGACUAAUCCGAUUGGAGAUGGUGCACAAUGUGCCCAAGGUGAAGAAGACCGUGAAGGUGAGUUGCUCUGCUUGAAGAUUAAAGCCCAGUUGGAGGAUUUUCUGUCCGACAGCCACCUGGCAGAGGACGGCUUCCUGCUGAAGCAUGUGCAGAAGAACAAGCAGGGCUAUGUCAGUCUCAAGCUCCUCACUUGUUUGAAAAAGAUAAAGGUCCUGACCACAAACUGGUACAUGACGCUCGCAGCAGCAGAGUCCUCAGAACUUCUGGAGGUGAACGAUGAAUCCACCAAAGUGAGGCGGAUAGAGCCGCUUCCCCAAUGGCUACUGUGUUCCCCCAGCAGCAAGCUCCUCCUCGCCUGGAACAUCACUAUGAAGAAAACAACUGAAGAAGACGCAGCGCCUCGAGGCCCGGAGCAACCCUCCCUCUCAGGGAGAAUCCUCCAAAGGUUUAGCCCUCAUGGCACUAUCACUUCCCUCUGUAUCCUGUAUCCUGGUGAGAAGCUCCCCAAGGAACUGCAGUGCUAUGCCAAGCAUCACAAAGAGCUCAGCCAACAAUUGUGUGCAGUCGUGAAGUUUGAUUAUUUGUCUGAAGUCCGUAAGGCCUACAACGCCCUGAAAGCAGAGGAGACAAAGUCUAACGGUGAGGGCAUGCGUGUUGUACCUCUGGGAUUCCAGUCAAAGCACCACACCACCAAGAACGAACCAUCAGAGGAAAACAACGAGGACCAACCUGAGGACGCACCUUCCCAGGAGGAACCCUUUGCGCCAGUUAAAGUAUAUGGCACAUGUCAGCCCCAUAGGUGCUUGGAUAAUUCCAGCUUUAAUAGCUUCUCUGGUUUACAGAGGGAGUACAGAGGGAGAAGCUUUUGCUCUGGAGAUUGUGAUAAAAAAUAUUCUCAGAGCCCCUGGGUGCUGAGUCGCAAAUGUGCAGCAAGUGCAUUAAACCCCAAGUCGGCUCGGCACAGGAAUACGCCUUACUUGAUGCAAAAAGUGCUGCGUCAGCCCUACGGCCCUGACGGCACCAAGGGCUUUCACAGCAGAGGGAAGCCGUCGGACCAUGAAGGCUCAAACUCGGUCUUGGAAGUACUAACACCACCUGUAUAACUGCUGAAUAACAGAGGCAGAUUUCUGGAGCAACAACAUGCAAAAUGAUUUUAUAAGAUUAAGAAGGAAAUAAACUAUGCAUUGCAUU